AUGUCCUCUACAAUUGCUGAGAAAUUGAACCUCAAGAUCGUCGAACAAGACGCUGUUAGCAUCACUUUGCCAAACGGUUUGACUUACCAACAACCAACUGGUUUGUUCAUCAACAAUCAGUUCAUCAAGUCUCAAGACGGUAAGACUUUGAAGGUUGAAAACCCAUCUACUGAGGAAAUCAUUGUCGAAGUCCAAUCUGCUACUUCUCAAGACGUCGAGUACGCCGUUGAAGCUGCCGAUGCUGCUUUCAACUCCGAAUGGUCUACUAUGGACCCAAAAAAGCGUGGUUCUUUGUUGUUUAAGUUGGCUGACUUGAUUGAAGCUCAAAAGGAAUUGAUUGCUUCUAUCGAAUCUGCUGACAACGGUAAGACUUUGGCCCUAGCCAGAGGUGAUGUUGGUUUGGUCAUUGACUACAUCAGAUCUGCUGCUGGUUAUGCUGACAAGUUGGGUGGUAGAACUAUCAACACUGGUGAUGGUUACGCUAACUUCACUUACAAGGAACCUCUAGGUGUCUGUGGUCAAAUCAUCCCAUGGAACUUCCCAUUGAUGAUGCUUUCUUGGAAGAUCGCCCCUGCUUUGGUUGCUGGUAACACCGUUAUCUUGAAGCCAGCUUCCCCAACCCCAUUGAACGCUUUGUUCUUUGCUUCUUUGUGUAAGGAAGCAGGUAUCCCAGCUGGUGUCGUUAACAUCGUUCCAGGUCCAGGUAGAUCCGUUGGUGACACCAUCACCAACCAUCCAAAAAUUAGAAAGAUUGCCUUCACUGGUUCCACUGACAUUGGUAGAGACGUUGCUAUCAAGGCUGCCCAAUCUAACUUGAAGAAGGUCACCUUGGAAUUGGGUGGUAAAUCCGCUCAUUUGGUCUUUGAAGAUGCCAACAUUAAGAAGACUAUUCCAAACUUGGUCAACGGUAUUUUCAAGAAUGCUGGUCAAAUUUGUUCCUCUGGUUCCAGAAUCUAUGUCCAAGACACCAUCUACGAUCAACUAUUGUCUGAAUUCAAGACUUACCUGGAAACUGAAAUUAAGGUCGGUUCCCCAUUCGAUGAAUCUAACUUCCAAGCUGCUAUCAACAACAAGGCUCAAUUCGAAACUAUCUUGAACUACAUCGACAUCGGUAAGAAGGAAGGUGCUUCUAUCUUGACUGGUGGUGAAAGAGUAGGCAACAAGGGUUACUUCAUUAAACCAACUGUAUUCUACAACGUUAAGGAAGAUAUGAGAAUCGUCAAGGAAGAAAUCUUUGGUCCUGUCGUCACCAUCUCCAAGUUCUCUACUGUCGACGAAGCUGUCGCUUUGGCUAACGACUCCGAAUUCGGUUUGGGUGCUGGUAUCGAAACUGAAAACAUCUCCGUUGCCUUGAAGGUCGCAAAGAGACUAAAAGCUGGUACCGUCUGGAUCAACACUUACAACGAUUUCGACGCUGCCGUUCCAUUCGGUGGUUACAAGCAAUCUGGUUACGGUAGAGAAAUGGGUGAAGAAGCUUUCGAAUCUUACACUCAAAUCAAGGCCGUCAGGAUCAAGUUGGAUUAA